AUGGUCUUCUUCGGGUCGCCAGUGGGGCCCGGAGCCGGGCGCGGAGCCCCUGACAGUGCAGACUUCCAGCGGCAGCAGAAUGAGUGCCGAGGCAAGUGCCCGGCCUCUGCGAGCCACCGGAGGUGGUUGGAGGUGAUUGGAAAAGGCGCCGUGGCGUAUGUUGGAGCCACCCUCUUUGCUACUGGCAAAUGGGUAGGUGUGAUCCUGGAUGAAGCAAAAGGCAAGAAUGACGGAACCGUCCAAGGCAGGAAGUACUUCACUUGCGAUGAAGGACACGGCAUCUUUGUGCGCCAGUCCCAGAUACAGGUAUUUGAAGAUGGAGCGGAUACUACUUCACCAGAGACACCUGAUUCUUCUGCCUCAAAGGUCCUCAGAAGAGAGGGAACUGACUCAAACCCAAAGACCAGCAAACUGCCCACCCGCCCAGCCAGCACGGGGGUGGCCGCAGCCAGGGGCUCCCUGGGCCCCUCUGGCGCAGCGUCGGCGGGUGAGCAGAGCAGCAGUGAGCCCAGCACCCCAGCUCAGACUCCGCUGGCAGGGCCCAUCAUCCCCACGGCGGCCCGCACCUCCCCUGGAGCAGCGCUCCCACUUCCUUCCCCCUCUAAGGAAGAGGAGGGCCUGAGGGCCCAGGUGCGGGACCUGGAGGGGAAACUGGGGACCCUGCGGCUGAAACGUGCAGAAGACAAGGCAAGACUGAAAGAGCUGGGGAAGCACGAGAUCCAGCUGGAGCGGGUGCAGGAAUGGAAAAGCAAAAUGCAAGAGCAGCAGGCAGACCUGCAGCGGCGCCUCAAGGAGGCUCGCGAGGAAGCCAAGGAGGCCCUAGAGGCAAAGGAACGCUACAUGGAGGAGAUGGCUGACACUGCUGAUGCCAUCGAGAUGGCCGCUCUGGACAAGGAGAUGGCCGAAGAGCGGGCCGAGUCCCUACAGCAGGAGGCCGAGGUGCCGAGGGAACGUGUGCAAGAGCUCACUACUGACUUGGAAAGCCUCAAAGUUGAGAUUGAAGAGAAGGGCUCAGAUGGUGCCGCAUCCAGUUAUCAGCUCAAGCAGCUUGAGGAGCAGAAUGCCCGCUUAAAGGAUGCCCUGGUGAGAAUGCGGGAUCUUUCUUCCUCAGAGAAGCAGGAGCACGGGAAACUCCAGAAGCUCAUGGAAAAGAAGAACCAAGAGCUGGAAGUUGUGAGGCAACAGCGGGAGCGUCUGCCGGAGGAGCUGGGCCAGGCAGAGCGCACCACUGAUGAGCUCAAGGAGCAGGUCGAUGCUGCUCUGGGGGCGGAGGAGAUGGAUACACUGACAGACCGGAACCUGGAUCUGGAAGAGAAAGUGCGCAGGAAGGAAACGGUGGGGGACUUGGAAGCAAUAAAUGAAAUGAACGAUGAACUGCAGGAGAAUGCACGUGAGACAGAACUGGAGCGGCGGGAGCAGCUAGAUAUGGCAGGUGCACCGGUCCGGGAUGCCCAGAAGCGUGCGGAAGCAGCCCAGGAGACCGUCGCGGACUAUCAGCAAACCAUCAAGAAGCACCGCCAGCUGACCGCCCACCUGCAGGAUGUGAAUCGGGCUCUGACAAACCAGCAGGAAGCUUCUGUGGAAAGGCAGCAGCAGCCACCUCCGGAGACUGACUUCAAGAUCAAGUUUGCCGAGACUAAGGCUCAUGCUAAGGCAAUUGAAAUGGAAUUGAGGCAGAUGGAGGUGGCCCAGGCCAACCGGCACAUGUCCCUGUUGACAGCCUUCAUGCCCGACAGUUUCCUUCGGCCAGGUGGGGACCAUGACUGCGUUCUGGUGCUGCUGUUCAUGCCUCGUCUCAUUUGCAAGGCAGAGCUAAUCCGGAAGCAGGCCCAGGAAAAGUUUGAAUUAAGUGAGAGCUGUUCAGAGUGGCCAGGACUUCGAGGAGCUUCAGGGGAGCAGCUCAGCUUUGCUGCUGGGCUGGUGUAUUCACUGAGUCUGCUGCAGGCCACACUCCAUCGUUACGAGCACGCCCUCUCUCAGUGCAGUGUGGACGUGUAAGAACAACCUGAGGACAGUACCAUGCAGCUGGCUGACCACAUGUUUACCCAGAGUGCCCUGGGCUGCGUGAGUGUGGAGGUGGGUCGGCUACGGGCCUUCUUGCAGGGUGGGCAGGAGGCUUCAGAUAUUGCCCUCCUGCUCCAGGACCUGGAAACUUCGUGCAGUGAUACCCGCCAGUUCUGCAAGAAGAUCCGGCGGCGGAUGCCAGGGACGGAUGCGCCUGGGAUCCCAGCUGCACUGGCCUUUGGACCACAGGUAUCCGACACACUCCUUGACUGCAGAAAACACUGGAUGUGGGUCGUGGCGGUGCUACAGGGGGUGGCAGCAGCCGCUGCCCAGCUCAUUGCCCCACUGGCAGAGAACGAGGGGCUGCCUGUGGCUGCCUUGGAGGAGCUGGCUUUCAAAGCAAGCGAGCAUAUCUACGGGACCCCCUCCGGCAACCCCGAUGAGUGUCUGCGGCAGUCGUGCAGCCCCCUCAUCAGAACUAUGAACAGGUUGGCCACAGCCAUGCAGGAGGGGGAGUACGGUGCCGCGCCCCCUAGAAAGCCUCCCCCAGGUGAGCGGCGGGCUGCAGCUCUUCGUGCACAGAUCACGGAUGCUGAAGGCCUGGGUUUGAAGCUUGAGGAUCGAGAGACAGUUAUUAAAGAGCUGAAGAAGUCACUGAAAAUCAAGGGGGAAGGGCUCAGUGAGGCCAAUGUGCGUCUGAGCCUCCUGGAGAAGAAGCUGGACAGUGCUGCCAAGGAUGCAGAUGAGCGCAUUGAGAAAGUCCAGACUCGGCUGGAGGAGACCCAGACGCUGCUGCGGAAGGAGGAGAAAGAGUUUGAGGAGACCAUGGAUGCACUUCAGGCCGACAUCGACCAGCUGGAGGCAGAGAAGGCUGAGUUAAAGCAGCGAUUGAACAGCCAGUCCAAGCGCAUGAUUGAGGGGCGCUGGGGGCCCCCUCCCUCGGGUAUUGCCACGCUGGUCUCUGGCAUUGCUGGGGGAGGUGCCCCUGGGCAGGCUCCGGGGUCUGUGCCUGGCCCAGGGCUGGUGAAGGACUCACCCCUGCUGCUUCAGCAGAUCUCAGCCAUGAGGCUGCACAUCUCCCAGCUCCAGAAUGAGAACAGCGUCCUCAAGGGAGCCAAGAUGAAGGCAUCCUUAGCAGCCCUGCCCCCUCUGCACGUGGCCAAACUCUCUCUCCCGCCCCAGGAGGGCCCUGGCAGUGAGCUUGAUGGAGCGCUGUAUCGUAAGACCAACCAGCUGCUGGAGAUGUUGAAUCAGUUGAGCGCACACACCCAUGUGGUGGACAUCACUUGCUCCCACCCUGCUGCCAAGAGCCCGUCGGCCCAGCUCCUGGAGCAGGUGGCUCAGCUCAAGUCCCUAAGCGACACCUUUGAGAAGCUCAAGGAUGAGGUUCUUAAGGAGACUGUAUCUCAGCGCCCUGGAGCCACGGUCCCCACUGACUUUGCCACCUUCCCUUCAUCAGCCUUCCUCAGGGCCAAGGAAGAGCGGCAGGAUGACGCUGUGUACAUGGGCAAAGUGACCUUCCCGUGCGCGGCUGGCCUUGGGCAGCGGCACCGGCUGGUGCUCACCCAGGAGCGGCUGCGCCAGCUUCUCCUAAAUGCUUCUUCCCUCACUGCCGGCGGCUGCCCGCAGCCCUCCUGGAGCCGCUCCUCCUGCUGCGUGGCCACCAGGCGGCCCCCGGGGAGAACCGCGUGUGCCGGCUCUUCCUGCCCCACUCGGCGUCACGCCCCCCCGCGGUGCACCGCCCCUGCCCCUUGA